GAUGGUUUGGAAUUUUGGUUCGGAACUGCCUCUGCUGGUCUGCGCAUUUCCAAAUCCCCUCCUCCCUAUAUACUCACAGUGAAUCUCGGACGCGCCGUAGAAUUGGGGACUGGAGAAGAAGAACGAUAGCGAUGCCGAGGAGGAAGAAGACGAAGAUAAAGCUGGGCCAAAGCUUCGCCUUUUUCUCAUGAACCAUGGCCACUUCUCAGCACCGUUGCGUUUUCGUUGGAAAUAUACCUUAUGACGCCACCGAAGAGCAGCUUAUACAAAUUUGCGAGGAGGUUGGGCCUGUUGUAUCCUUCAGAUUAGUUAUUGAUAGAGAAUCUGGGAAACCAAAAGGUUAUGGAUUUUGUGAAUACAAGGAUGAAGAGACAGCUUUAAGUGCUCGUCGUAAUCUUCAGGGGUAUGAGAUCAAUGGCCGGCAAUUACGAGUUGAUUUUGCUGAAAAUGACAAAAAUUCUGACAGAAAUCGUGAACAGGGUCGUGCUGGGCCUGGGAUGGUGGCAAAUGCUGACCUGCAGAAACAAUUAGGUGGUCCAGCAAUUAUUGGGGAUUCUGGUUUCGACCAGCCAAUUGGUCUCCAAGUAGCUAUGGCCGCUGCAUCUGUGAUGGCAGGAACACUUGGAGGUGUUCAGGUUAGUAGGGAGUUGAGUCAAAAUGGUUUGCAGGGUCAGCCCGGACUUUUCAGUGAUCCUUUAACCCUUCAUCUGGCCAAAAUGUCAAGAAACCAGCUAAAUGAGGUCAUGUCUGAGCUCAAGGUAAUAGCUACACAAAAUAAGGAACAAGCUCGUCAGUUAUUGCUUGCAUGCCCGCAGUUGCCUAAAGCUCUUUUCCAGGCAGAGAUCAUGCUAGGAAUCGUUACCUCAAAAAUGUUGCAGACAUCAAAUAUUCGGCAGGUUUCUGGUCUGCCAGGGCAACCUCUAUCACAGGAUGGGCAACAGAGUCAGCAACCAUCAGGUCCAAAUUUUCCUGGACUACCUCCUCUUGCACAAAACAGGAUGCAGAUUGGGGUGAUGCCCAGAGUACAAGAAGCCCAACCAUCUUCUGUGCAUAUGAAAUCUUUGACUCAUCAGCCUCAAAGUCAACUUCCACAGCCAGCCCAGAACCAAAUUUUGGAACAACACCCAGUGCCUGGUCAAUCUGGAAUUUCAACAGGUCCAUCAAUGCGCCCAGCCCUGAGUGAUAUGCAUCUGAGACAACUUAUGCCGGGGGCAACUUCAUCUUCUAUGAAACAGCAAAUACAAUUGCCUUUCUUUCAACAACGAGGACAGGUCGGAGCUGCUAAUAUAGGGCAUAACGGUCAGCAGGUUACCCCAAAUGCUCUUUUUCAGCCUCCCCUUUCUACUCGUCCUCCAUUACCAGAUCAGAACUUUCAGUCUGGUGCCUCACCAUCGGGUAUUCCUCCUAUGAUAAACAAGGAUGUUGUAAAUGUGCCAAUUUCUGUAUCCAGACAAUCCCAGGUCUCCAAUAUUGCCUCAUCUGUGCACCAAAUUCCCCAAGCAGAAGUGGCUCGAAACUCUCAGAAGCAAGUUCCUCAGGUGCAGCUUCCUCCCGAGAUGGAGUCUGCCCUACUGCAACAAGUGCUGAGCCUCACACCAGAGCAGCUGAGUUCCCUGCCACCCGACCAGCAGCAGCAAGUCAUUCAGCUCCAACGGAUGCUGCGGUGAGAGCUCAGUUACAGCCACUUGCGUGAGGGGAUCCAUGCGACCUGUUCCUAGUAGCGCAGGCUCGCCCUUUCUUCUCUCAAAGUUGCCGGAACAGAGGACUGGCAUCGCUCCAAUCGGCUCCAAAUAGUCCUAAAACGAUUGUUUGCAGAGUUGGAGGAUUUUAGCUGCACGAGGGGUCAUGCGGCCUGUGUAAGGGUUACAGUGAUUAUUAGCAAAAUUAGUCCAAUCCUGAGAGAAAUUUUGGGACUUUGUUCUCAUGAUGUCUAGAUAUAGAAUUCUUUUGACCAACAGCUAUACACAUUUAAAACACGGUUACAAUAAACGAAAUUAACAGUUAAAUUAUUUGGUUA